CCGGCCCGCGGGCCCCGCCACGGCCGCGCCAGGCUGAGGUGCCAGCGACCGCGCGCCGGUGAACCAACUUCCCUCCUAGUAUAACCCGCCUCACCGUCGUCACGCCUCGUGCUCCUGCUCUGCUCCGCUCCGACGACGACGACGGCGCCACCACCGCGCCAACCAACGCCCUUCCUUCCCGCACAAUCAAAAUCCCCGACCCCGACGCGCCACCCGCAGCCCCGCCGCGCCCCACCCCACCCCUCCUCACCCGCCUCGCCCCCGAUCCGGAUGGCGCCCGCGCCGCCGCCGCGGGGACCGCGCGCGGCCGGCGCUUCACCGCCCUGGUCCUCGCCAUCGCCGUGGCGCUCGCGCUCGCGCCCGCCGCGGGGAGGCCGGACAAGGAGACGCGGGAGAAGUUCUACGGGAGCCUCGUCGCCAACGGCACCCACAACGCCACCGCCGGGGACAACAGCAUCGCCGACAUGUUCGGCCGCGUGCUCGACAAGGAGUUCUCCGACAGCGACGCCUCCGAGGUACCGGACAAGAACAGCUUCAACAACAGCAUCUCAGAUCAUCAAGCUGUUCUGGAGACCGUAGCUGUUAUUACACACGACAAGAAGAAUGAUACACAGCAGGCAAAUUCCUCAAGACCUUUCCAAAUAGGUGACAUGUUUGGUUCUCAGAAUGAAAAUUCUGAUGACACGGAAACUGUGAUAGACAAAGAGGAUAAUGUUUUUGUGAUGUCAAAUCGUAAAACAAAGUAUCCAACACUUCAGUUAGAUUUAAGAUUAAUUAAAGAUCUGGUAGUUAUAAUUGUUUCAGCUACUGCCGGUGGUAUCAUAUUCUCUUGUUUGGGGCAGCCGGUUAUCGUUGGCUAUCUACUUGCUGGUUCUCUUAUUGGACCCGGAGGCUUGAACUUGAUCAAUGAAAUGGUGCAGGUGGAGACCUUUGCACAGUUUGGUGUGGUUUUUCUUCUUUUUGCACUUGGCCUUGAAUUUUCGUUGCCAAAGUUGAGAGUGGUUGGGCCUGUUGCUGUGCUUGGUGGUGUACUUCAGAUUGCUUUGUUCAUGUUCUUGUGUGGCCUAACUGCUGCGUUGUGCGGUGCUAAAUUAUCCGAGGGAGUAUUUGUUGGCACUUUCUUGUCAAUGUCAUCUACUGCAGUGGUUUCCAAGUUCUUAGUGGAAAAGGGUAGCACAAAUGCACUUCAUGGUCAAGUUACAAUUGGCACCCUUAUUCUUCAGGAUUGUGCAGUUGGCCUUCUGUUUGCUCUCAUUCCAGUUCUGGGUGGUUCAAGUGGCAUAUUUGGAGGAAUGAUGUCAAUGGGGAGACUGUUACUUGUACUGUCCAUAUUUAUAACUGUUGCAUAUAUGAUGACUUGGUCAUUCAUCCCUCGAUUCUUAAAACUGAUGAUCCAGUUAUCAUCACAGACAAAUGAACUCUAUCAGUUGGCUGCUGUCGCGUUCUGCUUGCUGCUAGCCUGGUGCAGUGAUUAUCUUGGAUUGAGUCUUGAACUGGGCUCAUUUCUUGCUGGCGUUAUGAUAUCCACCACAGAUUUUGCUCACCAUACUUUGGAGCAGGUGGAAGCAAUCCGUAACUUAUUUGCUGCACUCUUCCUUGCAAGUAUUGGCAUGCUCAUCCAUUUCAAGUUCUUAUGGAAUCACGUGGACAUAUUACUUGCAGCUGUUAUACUUGUUAUAAUAGUUAAGAGUAUAGUCAUAACAGCUGUCAUAAAAUCAUUUGGAUACAGCAUCAGAACAGCUUUCAUCGUUGGUCUAUCAUUAGCUCAGAUUGGAGAGUUUGCUUUUGUGCUUCUGAGCCGUGCUUCACAUCAUCAUCUUAUAGGGGGGAAAAUGUAUCUGUUAUUACUGGGAACAACUGCUCUUAGCUUGGUAACAACUCCCCUCAUUUUCAAAUUAAUUCCUGUGGUGACGCAACUCGGCAUCCUUAUGCGUUGGUUCCCCUCAGAAAGUGGUGUGCAGAAUGAGCUGCCUUUACAGGAAAAGGCAACAAUGCUUGAUGUUUACAACAGAACACUCUGACAUUGCCAAGCCAAAGACAUUCAUUCCACUGACAAUGAUUUAUGUGUGCAAAGACUCUUUGCACAUGCGACGGAUCGCUGCACAAAUAUUUUCAUCAUUUCCCUCCACGCCGGUAUAGCGGGGUUGUGAUGCAAUGACUACGGAUAACAUUUUGAAUGGUCAGGGAGUUAUCCAUAUACCACUUCAAUCCAAAAACUGAGUUUGUACAUACUGUACAUGUUGUCGAAGUAGCAUAUUCUUUACACGGUACGGCCCUGAGGCCUUGGUUUUGUACCAUUCUUGCCAACUUAAUCUUAGAGUUAGAUAGGGAUUUUGGAUGCCGAGCUCAGAUGUACCGCACAAGUGACAUGUACUAUUUUCCCCAUGGGG